UUAGAGAAGUUUAACGUCGCUCCAGUCUUUUCAAGACUUGUGAUUGAACACUUUUUAAUUGUCACUGGCACUCGUCCAGUUGUGCAUUUCCAAUGCCGCUUGGGUGCCAAAUAAACCCCGUGCACACGUCCAGUUGUGCUUUCCUCUAGUGCUGCUGGUCACGCCAGUCUUAUGGCGCGAGCUCAGCGUGACAUGUGUUCAGGCCGCUCCAUUGUGCAGCCACACAUCUAUUCAGAUCUCCUGCUCUCUGGGGCUUUCCACUGCUCUCAGAUCAGUCCAGGCCAGAGCAAUCGCCCGCCUGCUCUCUGAGCGGCCCGCAGGAGCUGUGAGAAGGCCGGCAUAUGUGCGCAUACAGAGGGAGGAAGUCCUGCAGCAGGCACACACACGCUCUCAUUGAGCGCAUUUCCCACUCGGCACGGGUGAAAGACUGAGUGCGGCUGGGUGGACUCCCUCUGCGCUCGCUCGGCAAUGCCUGGCCAGCCUCUCAAGUUUCUACUGAAUGGUAACAAAAGGGACCCACACAGAGAGAGAGGAACACCAGGUCCCAGCCUGCCUUCGAAACAUGCUCUCCACUCCUUUUCAGGCAACAUUUCCCUGGUAACGCCGUCCAGCUACAGCCCAGCCACCAAAAUCACACUAGGAACAGUCAACUCCAAUGUGGGAGCGCAGAUGAUUUUAAGCACACCGCAGAGAGUGUCUCAUCCUGGAGGGAUCCUCAUCGGCAGCCCGUUUACGCCACACACAACACCGGUGGCCAUGGUUACUCAAGCACACCCUCCUGAGGGCGACGAGUGGACCCCGGGAAACAAAAAAAGGACACAUGACUACAUUGAUUCCUAUUACUCAGACAGGGAUGGACUGUGUUCGAGUGAUUCCUCAUCCAGUAAGAGAAUGAAGAGGGCGGAUAAGAACGGUAAAGGCCUGAGGCACUUCUCCAUGAAGGUGUGUGAGAAGGUACAGAAGAAAGGCACUACGUCCUACAACGAGGUGGCUGAUGAGCUGGUGACUGAAUUCACUCACGCCAGCAGCCUGAUGCCCACCGACUCGCAGGUGUAUGACCAGAAGAACAUCCGCCGGCGUGUGUACGACGCGCUCAACGUGUUGAUGGCCAUGAACAUCAUCUCCAAAGAGAAGAAGGAGAUCCGCUGGAUCGGCCUGCCCACAAACUCAGCCCAAGAGUGCCGCAACUUAGAGCUGGAAAAACAGAAGCGUUUGGAAAGAAUCCGACAGAAAAGAGCCCAGCUGGAGGAGCUAAUAUUACAGCAGAUCGCCUUUAAGAAUCUGGUGCAGAGGAACCAGGCCAGCGAAGCCUCGUCCCAGUCAGCUCCCCCUCCAGGAUCGGUCAUUCAGCUUCCCUUUAUCAUCCUCAACACUGAUGUCCGCACCGUCAUCGACUGCUCCAUCUCUAGCGAUAAGUGUGAAUACCUCUUUAACUUUGACAACACGUUUGAGAUCCAUGAUGACGUUGAGAUCCUGAAGCGGAUGGGCAUGUCUCUGGGGCUGGAGAACGGCACAUGCUCUCCAGAGAACCUCAGAGUGGCCAGAUCUCUGGUGCCCAAGUCUCUGGAAGCGCAUGUCACCAACAUGGCCACAAACUCCAACAGAACACCUCUCAGCCACACAAGUCACAGCAGCACGGCCCCGUCACACACCUCAGAGUCUCGCGGCCAGACGCCCAGCUCCUUCAACGAGGAAGAGGACGAUGAGGAUGAGGACGAUGACAAUCCCUCUUCCCCAGAGUGAUCCUGAGCUCAGCGCCGGGACAGGAAUCGUGAGCAGAGCCGGGGAGGAAACGCUACACAGAAAAUAAGCUCUCUAUAUUACCAUAUUUUAACAUCUCUUUCCUCCUCUUUCCUAAACGCCAUGAGUCUUUUGCUCCGGGGGAGACGGUUUACUGUAUUUCUGUGGUGCUUUUUGGCUAGCGAGCCGCGCGUCGGGCCAUAGAGGAGAGCGAAUAAGUGAAGGUUAACACAUCUUCAGUUCAACUGCCUCAUGUCAUCUCUGCUUCCUACCCUGAGGGACGUUCAAAUUCUUUCCAAAAAUGUAUUUAUUUCGGUCGUAUUUGAAUAUGACGAUAUCUGCGUAGUCCAGUGGGCUAGUGCCACUUUUUCUUCUCCGUGGGGAUCGGAAAGCAACGUGCUGAUCUUACUGUUCACCGAUUGAAAGGAAUUUACAUCCUUGCAAUUAAAAAAGAUUGAAAAAUGUUCUUUUUUUAUAGGUUGAUUCAGUGUCAUUUUGUUGUAUUGUAUAGUUUAUUCCUUGUCAUUCAUCGCAAUAGAAAAUAAAACAUGGGUGGUUGAUUGUAUCUGCUGUUCCGGGUUCAAAUAGCCGCCAGCCUGUUUUCCUCAGGCCAUGUUGGGAGAUGUAGUCUUGUGAGUUUUUGUUUGCAUUGAGUGUGGCAGAUGUAAAAGAAACUGUCCUGAUCCACUCAGGUCGGGAUUUUAAACCAACUCAACCCAA